GAUCUAUGGAUAUACUUGCACUUUACAAGAAAGAUGACUUACCUUUUGUACGCAUUUCGGCUCCUAUGGUUCGAUAUACAAAAUUGCCAUUCCGUCUACUUCUUCGGCAAUAUGAUGUGGAUCUAGUUCAUACUCCUAUGAUACUGGCUGAUUCAUUUAUUCGAUCUGAGAAAGCGAGAAAUGUAGAAUUCACCACUUGUCCAGAAGAUAGACCACUGAUUGUACAGCUAGCGUCAAAUGAUCCUUGUGAAUUCACUAUGGCAACUGAAAUGCUUGCACCAUAUUGUGAUGGGGUGGACUUGAAUUGUGGUUGUCCACAAUCUUGGGCAGUCGGUUGUGGUAUAGGAUCAGCAUUAUUGAGAGAACCAGAAAAAAUUGCCAGUAUUGUACGUGCUGCCCGAGAUGCGGUUCCACGAUGGCGUACAUUAAAUGACAGUGACUGUUCAAUGCUAUGUGAAACUAACGAUACAGAAGAGUUGUCAAAGUUGAAUGAAAGUAAAGAAGUUCGAAGAAACAUUCAUCAGGUGACACGAUUCCAAGGUCCAUUUUCAGUUUCUGCUAAACUUCGUAUACCUACUUCUUCUAGUAGAUCUGUUGGAGGUGAAUCAUGCGAUCCUAUUAAACUUACCGUAGAACUUGUUCGGCGUUUGGCUGUAAUGGGUGUUGACUGGGUUACAUUGCAUGCACGAACACAACAUCAACGUAACAGAGAUCCGGCAGCAUGGAAUAUUGUUCAAGAAUUAGUCGAUUGUAAAAUUAAACAUUCCUCUGUAGGCAGUGAACUACCCAUUAUACUAAAUGGGGAUAUUCGUGAACUGAAAGAUGCAUAUCAUGCCUAUGAAAUGACCGGUUGUCAUGGUGUUAUGGCUGGCAGAGCUUUACUAAAAACACCCUAUUUAUUUGCACCGAACUGCAUUGAAAGCGAGAAUUCGCUCUAUCAUUUGUACGAGAACUGGUUACACUUAUCUGCACAAUACACAGGUGGCACAAGCUUUGCUAUUAUUCACCAGCAUGCUUAUUGGAUGAUGGAGCAGCAUUUGGACAAAACGAGGAGAUUAUUCUUAAAUAAUGUAAGGUGUUUUGCAGGUCUAGUGGAUUGGCUUUCUGAACAACGAACGGCAUUGAAAACAACCACCUAAAUACUGAUAGUUGUACAGUUUUUGAUAAUAAGUUACCAAACAAUUUUGUGAAGAGAUAUUUGUAUACAUAACCUUUUUUUAUAUUUUACUGGAUUUUCAAAUAAAAAAAAUAUU